AUUGUUUCUCGUGUUUGAUGCUGCUGCUGUUGUUGAAAUAGGUCAAAUAUGCGAUGACAAGCACCAGCAGCUCGUCUUCUUUGCCUUCGGGGACGUCAACUCCGCUCUCGUCAGUGGUCUCGUUGCCACUUUCGCUUCCGUCGCGCGUAUUCUCUCCUCCAGCAGCUACUCAUGCUCUCGACCUUCCAGCUAUAAGGCAGAAGCCGUCCACAGAGGAUCUUGUGGGGGUACUUAGCGCAUAUGCUCCGAAAGUUGGCUCGAACUUUAUCCAACAGGAAGUCAUCACGCCUACCGGAUUUCUUGACUGGCUCACAAGACUGGUGGGGUCUGGUUUAGACUGGUUACCGAACGACGACGACCGCGAUAUCGUGCUUGACCUUGCGUCGAAGCGGAUUUCGGAGCAGUGCGGGCGUGCUGCUGCUCCGAGCAUGACUCGUGAGUUUAAGGUCGGUGGACUGAGUCGAUCAAUUAUGCUUACGGAGCCCAGUUUGACGGCAGACUCGCUGGGACUCAAGACUUGGGGUAGUUCGCUUUUGCUCGCUCAGAGAGUCGCUGAUGGACGGCUGAUGACGGCGCUUGGUGACAUGAAGAAGCGGGUACUGGAACUUGGUUCGGGGACGGGCUUGGUGGGCAUCACUUUUGCCGCGUUGGGGUACUCUGUGCUUCUUACAGACCUGCCCGGAGUAGUGGCUAAUCUGAGCAAUAAUCUGCAGUCGAAUGAGCAGCUGUUUUUAGAUGAAGAAGGUGGGGAUGACUGGGAUUAUGCAGUGGAAGAGAUCGACUGGACGCGUCCUGAAGACUCAAAGGCGUAUAAACGACGCGAGAGGUUUACUACCGUCGUGGUUUCGGAUCCAGUGUACGAGGUUGGUCAGCAGGUUAUUUUGGUGAACGCGCUGCGCAAUUUCCUAGACUUUGACGAUGCAGAUGCAACAGUCAUCGUGCAGCUGCCACUACGAGACAAGUUUAGCGACGUGCGAUCGCUCCUGUACAGUCUUCUUGCUGAGGAACUUGGGCUGGUGCCUGUUGUUGUUGAGAAGGAGGCAGGCGUCGAUGAUUUUGGACAAGGCAUGUAUUUAUACAGUGUUUGGCGGCUUAGACAAGCCGUAGAGACCAAAGGUCUUAAAUCAAUAGACUAUAGAGAAAUAGAAUGA